GUUCAGUUCCGAGACACAUUUUGUCCGAAACAGUUCACUACGAAAAAUUUAUACUUUUUAAGUAUAAAAGCACUUUCUCAGUUUAUAGUUUUGGCUACAAAUUAUAGCUAGGGCUUCACAAUAUAUCUUGUAUAUAUUGAACUAAAGGAUUCGUUGCAUUUUAAAACCAAAAGUUCGGUUUAACAUCGCGGUAAAAAAAACGCAAGUAAUGGAAGAGGAGAGCUGGUGGGACGAACAAUUAGGGGCGCUAAAGUCGCCGAUUCGGCGCCUGGCCGCGCUCAAUAGCCUAAACACGGCGUUUACCGAGGAGAUGCGACCACUGGGCAUUGUCCGCACUUUUCUGAAUGCACCGGAGUUGUUCGAUUGUAUUAGUAGAUCCGACGGCGAAGACUGUGGUCCUGGCCAGGAAAAAGUGAGCGAAAUGGCUGAGAAGGUGCUGAACCACUGCCUGAACCAAUUGCCGGUGGACAUUACCGACGAACAGCUGCCCAAUCAUCUGAGGGCAGGAUUGACCAACGAGAAUCCAGUAGUGCGUUCGCGGGUGAUCCGCGCUAUUCUCCUCGAUGUGAACCGCCAGUUUCAUACCGGCAGGGUACGGGAACUUCCCGGGAAUGAGCUCGUCUGCCUUGUACUGGACGAGUUGAAGCGCCACGAUACUGUGGAGAGCGCUGCUGUCAUUCAAAUAAUGUCCGCAGUACAUCAUCAGUGUGUAAAUGAUGAAGCUGUACAGGCUAAACUGGUUGAGUUGCUGCAGCAGGACGACGUUGUUCGCUGUCGCGCAUAUGAGCUGGGCGUUAAUAUGGCAAAGAGUAAUGCCUCCACACUCAAGUCUGUGGAGUUUAUCCUGGAUACGGCCCUCAGCGAGCUAGACCACGAUGACGUCCUCCUGCAGGCCAGUGUGAUGGAGAUUUUGACGCCUCUGGCGGAGCAAAACCAUGGCCUUUUCUACAUGGAACGGCGCAAGGUGUUCGAUGUUUUCAACAACCGAGUGCUGCAAAUAGAGCAGAAUCCCAUGGACGCUCUCCUGAUCCCCAGCAUCAUGAAGUUCUUCGGAAAAAUAGCUGCGGUACAGCCGCAGAAGAUUAUAGUUGGAUGUUCACACAUGAUAUGCUGCCUGUUUCAACAGCUGCACUCGGAGAAUGAGGUGAACCUGCCCACGGCAAUGGACACUCUGACCAAUCUGGCAGCCACUUCACAGGGCAAGCAGCUCCUAAACAAACACUACCAGGAGUAUAUGGAGAUAACCAUGAAGAAGUACGCCUCCUACAUCAAGAAUCUCUCCGCGCCGAUCAAGGAAAGGUUGCUAAACUCUUUGUAUGUGAUUUAUGCUGUGGAACCGAAUCCGCCAUCUCAGGAAAUCACUACGAUUCUAAAGAAUUGGUAUGAGAUUUUCGCCGGUGGGCAGAACAUCCAAAUCAUCAUGGACCUGAUUACCACGCCAUUCCCGGACCUCCAAACAGCUGCCCUGGCGCUGCUGAAGAGCAUCUGUCAAUAUCGAUUCGGGAUUGUGGCCCUAAAGAAUACCGGCGGAGCCAUAGAGUUCCUCUUGUCGCGACGGCGCGAUUUUGAAAAGGAGGUCAAGUAUCUGAAGUGGGGGAUCAUGGAGAUGCUGGCUGUAAGCACUGAGUUCUCGCCCACCGAGACUAUUCGUUUUACAGCAUACGUUAAUGAAGGACCUUAUUAUAUCCAGCCUGAUUUGGAUAUUGCCACCGAACCCCAGGGUAGGGCUUAGAUCUAAGUGAGGGGAGCUUUCAAGGAAGGCAAUGCCUGGCAUUUACGAUCACCAAUUUAAAAUUGUUUGUACAGCAAGAAUAUAAACUAACAUUUGAGAGAGUAUGUAUUUAAGGGGUUUACAAUAAAAUUUAACUAUUAGAUCACA